AUGGAUUCUUACACUUUGCCGUGUGAAAGUUAUAUUUACCUAGAGGGGAAAGUAAAUAAACCUACCGAUGCAGUUGGAGAAGUUCGUUUUUCGAAUAAUGGAUUGACGUUUUUAUUCUCUGAAAUGCGAUAUGAAAUAAACGGAAUAGAAAUACAAAAAUUGAAAACACCCGGAGUGUCGUCUUGUUUGAAAGCAUACUGCUCUUAUACUCCCAAUGACUUGAAUGCGUUAGACAACUGUGCUUGGGACUCGAAAAUGGACAGUGAAGAUAACAAACAUUUUAUGACAGAUAAUGUAUUUACCAGAUGUAUCCCUCUAAAACAUUUAUUCGGAUUUUGUGAAGAUUAUAAAAAAAUAUUACUCAAUUGCAAUCAACAGCUGAUUUUAAAUCGCGCGUCUACUGAUUUAGAUGUUAUACAUGUUGUUGGUGUCGGAGCCACUCAAAACGUUGAGAAAAAUAAAAAAAAUACGAUUGAACUGACAAAGGUGGCUUGGAAAAUGCCUAUUAUCAAAGUUUGCGAUAAAGAAAAAUUAAAAUUGAUAAAAGUAAUAGAUUCCGGUGAAACACUAUCGUGCGCAUUCAGAACCUGGGAUCUAUGUGAAUAUCCAGUACUUCGUAGAAAUAGUUCACAUUCGUGGACUGUAAAAUCUAGAAGCUUGCUUGAAAAACCUAGAUUUAUUUUGUUUGGAUUACAAACAGAUCGAAAAAAAAAUAUACAAACCGAUGCUGGACAAUUCGAUCAUUGUUAG